AAUUCACUUUUUAUAAAGUGCAACAUAAUUUCUUCAGCUUAUUAGGUUGAAUGGUGCCUACAAAACAAGGUUUUUCCAGGUAUUUUUAAUGAAAAGGAGUACCCUCGCGUCAAACGGAAUUCAAUACGCUGCGAAGCAUGGUGUUGAAUGGUGCUCCACGUAAUUUCCGUUGAUUCACGUCACUCUUAACACUUCAUUGAAAUUCACGUUUGCAAAGAGGAAUAUGAUUUUUUAGCCAAUUAUGUUGAAUGGUGCCAACAAAGCAAACCUUCGCGUCAAACGGAAUUCAAUGCGGUGUGAAGCAAGUUUCAUUUGAAGAGUGGUUUCUAUCGAUCAGUGACGGUAAGGUUUCCAGUUCAAGAGAAGCAAAAUCAGAUUAACUUUUGGUGUGACCCGGCGGUAGAGGGAGAAUAGGAUGCAAUUUCUUUUCAUCAAUCAACUGGUCAGUUUUAUACUGAUAUUUUCCAUGGUCUAUCGUAUCUCGAGCGAUAGCUGUCAAACUGCCGACUGGGAGAGAAGCCUGGAUUUCACCCCGGGAUGGUCGGUGUGCCCAAGAAACAACACCUACCUGAAGGGAUUCUGGAGGAGUGAAAAAAAGACUGGAGAUGAAAGAGUUGGACGCCUAGAACGAGGAAGUUGCUGCGAUGCUGUGGAGCCUCGUUACACCGGUCAACCUUCAAAAUGUGUGAAUAAAGACUGGUCACGCACGUUGAAUGGAAACUAUACCUGGGCUUUAUGUCCACCAGGCUUUUACAUGAAUGGCAUCAGAACCGGACUUCAUAAUCAUCAUAAGGCCUUUUUGAACCACAUCGAUGAGGCACAAUGUUGCCAUCCAAAGGAUCAUCCCAGCAGUUAUGAAGAUUGUUACGAUGAAGAUGUUGCUAAAAAAUUCAACCGCAAAGGUUGGAGCAAAUGCCAGGGGAAAGGUUAUUACAUGACCGGUUUCUACAAAAGUAGCUGCGAUGAACUCAACUGUAUUGACAAGUUCAGAUGCUGCAAGAUGAAAAACGGGCAACCAAACGGUAUUUCAGAUCUGCAGCAAGAGGUUGAUGCCAUCAUCACCAGUGGUUCCAAAUCCACCAAAAUAAGCACGGUCAUCACCUCAUUUUUCAAUUUGACGAGGCCUGAGAACGAAAUUAAACUCAACCUGAGCGAAUUGUCUUCUUCCGUGAAUGUGCUUGCACAACUUGUGAGGUAUAACUUAAUGAAAAACAACAGCGCGAUUGGCACAACAUCAGACCAACAAAACAUCGUGAAAGUGGCAAGUAAUUUAUUGGAUGAGGAAAAUACAAACACGUGGUUGCUGUUACAGGAGAAAAGGGGAAACAUUACAGAUAUACUUCUGCAAACUAUGGACGACUUCGGUUCUCAAGUGAACAGCAACCUUGGUAAUUCAACCGAUAAAUUGGAGUUAUUAUCUGAAAACAUCGCUCUUAGAGUUGAUCGGUUGAACCCAAAACGUAAGUUGAAGGUUGACUUCGCUCAAUAUGGCGCAAAAAUCUUUGUUCCUGAUUUACCGCUCUCAGACACAAUGGAAACUCGCAUGUCGACCAUUGUUUACAGAACACUACAGAAUAUUCUUAGACUUCCAACAAAAGAAUCCAGUAAUAAUCAGUGAAGCGGAGGAAGGCUUCAGAGGAGCGGCUCAAGUAUUAUUUCUGUCACUUUUCAUGAUCGUCAACCUGGUUCCCUAAGUACACCGAUCAAGUUGGCUUUUAAUCACAGCAACAGAGGUCCUCAUUUGAUUGGACAGUGCGUUUUCUGGGAGAUCGGCCAAUCACAGAGGACGUGGCUGACGCGUGGGUGUGUGCGCGUUGAUCGUGAGUCAAACUCGCGUGUAACCACGUGCGAGUGUGAUCAUUUGACCAUCUUUGCAGUCUUAGUGAACAACAAGCCAGUAAUAAAAAGUCAUCAACCAUACUUCAAACAUAUUUCUACUGCAGGCUGCGCAUGUUCACUAUUCUUUCUGGUGCUCACUUGUGUGAUAAUCUUGACUGGUUGGAAAAAGUUGAGAAGUUUUCGGGUAACAAUGUCACUGCAAUUGUUUACUGCCAUUUCUGUAUCUUGUCUUUUGAUUAUUCUGGCUGGAGAAGCAGAAAGACCUAAGGAGUUCUGCACGACAACUGCAAUGUUACUCCAUUAUUUCCUGCUCUCUGUGUUUUUCUGGAUGUUGUGUCAUGGUGUUAUCUUGUAC